UGGGAUUGGGCCGGGCUCCAACCCGACCCAGGGUCAGAGGUACCCAGCGCAGAUUCUAGGGUUUUAGGGCGAGCAACUAUAAAAUCGCCGAACGAUGAACCUUUCACCCUUCUCAGGGUCUCUCUGGCGUUGUCUUCAAGCAACAGGGAGGACUUACCAGAUUUGAACACAGACCAGAGCAAUGUCGGGAGAAGAGGGUGCUGCUGUAGCCACUGAGACAGCUCCUGCUCUAGGUGAGCAGAUGGACCUCAUGACAGCCUUGCAGCUAGUUCUGAGGAAAUCAUUGGCUCAUGGUUUCCUUGCUCGUGGCCUUCAUGAAGGUGCAAAGGUCAUUGAAAAGCAUGCUGCCCAUCUUUGUGUCCUGGCUGAGGACUGCAACCAGCCUGAUUAUGUUAAAUUGGUGAAAGCACUAUGUGCGGACCACUCAGUGGCUUUGAUAACAGUUCCAAGUGCUAAGACUCUUGGCGAAUGGGCCGGCCUAUGCAAGAUUGACUCGGAGGGGAAGGCAAGGAAAGUUGUGGGUUGUUCUUGUGUGGUUGUGAAGGAUUUUGGGGAAGAAACUGAGGCCCUUCAUAUUGUUCAGGAUUAUGUCAAGUCUCACUGAGUACGUGUGGAAAAGGGUCAGUUAGGGCCGAUUUUUGAGUUUUUAUGUAAAAGCCUUUAAAUUUGUUGGUUUGAGAGUGAACCUACACAACUUAUUGGCUCUUCUAGUCCCUGAAUUUUCUAGUUUUGAUGAUAUUUUGAUUAUGACAUGUUUAUUCUUACCUGCAAUUAUGGAAUGGUACUUGAGAUUGCUUGAAAUUUAAAUUACGAAGGAUUGUUUGCUCAA